GUGGACUUUGCGGUGAGAGUGUUGAAGAUAACACACAGACAACAGCACACCCCAACCCAACACGAAACCCAUCAUUUCGGUGGCUCACUCGUGCUAUCCAUUUUUUUUUUAUUUUAUUUUUUUCUUUCCCAACCACCACCCACCCAUGUCCACUCCCAACGCCGACUCCGCCGCGCCGCCGCCGCCGCGCCCCACCAUCACCCUCCCUCCGCGCCCCUCCGCCGAGGCCUUCUUCGCCGGCGCCGCCAGCCCCGGCCCCAUGACCCUCGUCUCCAGCUUCUUCGGCUCCGACGCCGGCGACUGCCGCUCCUUCUCGCAGCUCCUCGCCGGCGCCAUGGCCUCCCCCAUGGCCUUCUCCGCCGCCGCUGACAACUCUGCCAAAGACGACGAUGGGCCCCACAAGGGCUUCAAGCAGAGCCGGCCCAUGAAUUUGGUCAUUGCUCGUUCACCGGUCUUCACUGUCCCUCCUGGUUUGAGCCCUUCUGGGUUUCUCAACUCCCCUGGAUUCUUUUCCCCUCAGAGCCCCUUUGGGAUGUCCCACCAACAGGCUUUAGCACAGGUUACAGCUCAAGCUGUCCUAGCACAAUCUCAUAUGCAUAUGCAAGCUGAUUACCACCAGCUGCCUGCAGUAACAGCUCCCACCGAACCACCUGUACAGCAGCAAUCUUUUGCUCUAAAUGAAGCUUCAGAGCAGCAAGUAGUUUCAUCUGUAUCAGAACCUAAAAAUGCUCAACUGGAAACAUCAGAUCUCUCGCAGGCUGAUAAGAAAUUUCAACCAUCUUCCCUGCCCAUUGACAAACCUGCAGAUGACGGCUACAACUGGCGUAAGUAUGGACAGAAGCAAGUUAAGGGUAGCGAGUAUCCACGAAGCUAUUACAAGUGCACACAUUUGAAUUGCCCUGUGAAGAAAAAAGUUGAGCGUGCCCCCGAUGGUCACAUAACUGAAAUCAUCUAUAAAGGCCAACAUAACCAUGAAAAGCCUCAGGCAAAUAAGCGUGUCAAAGAUAAUAAUGAUUUGAAUGGAAAUGCAACUAUUCAGCUUAAGUCUGAGUCAAACUCACAAGGAUGGGUUGGACAAGUAAACAAGUUUAGUGAAAACAUUCCUGAUUGUUCAGUUCCUGAAAGUGACCAGACCUCCAAUCAAGGAGCUCCUAGGCAACUACUACCUGGAUCGAGUGAGAGUGAGGAAGUGGGUGAUGUGGAUAACAGGGAAGAGGCAGAUGACAGUGAGCCAAACCCUAAGAGAAGGAACACUGAUGUCACGGUUACUGAAGUACCCCUAUCUCAGAAGACUGUUACAGAACCCAAAAUCAUUGUGCAAACAAGAAGUGAAGUUGAUCUUUUGGAUGAUGGGUACAGGUGGCGAAAGUAUGGUCAGAAAGUGGUGAAGGGAAAUCCUCAUCCUAGGAGUUAUUACAAAUGCACAAGUGCCGGAUGCAACGUGCGUAAGCAUGUUGAGAGAGCUUCAACGGACCCCAAAGCCGUCAUAACCACGUAUGAGGGUAAGCACAAUCAUGAUGUGCCGGCUGCUAGAAACAGCAGCCACAACACAGCUAGUAGCAAUCCAAUGCCGUUAAAACCGCAUAAUGCAGCGCCGGAGAAGCAUCCUUUGCUUAAAGAUAUGGAGUUUGGAAGCAAUGACCAAAGACCUGUACAUUUGCGCUUAAAAGAAGAACAAAUCAUAGUAUAGAAGUGUGGUGCCACGUUCACUUAUUCCACUUCCAAGUACAGAAUGAAGAUGUGUAGAAGAUGAAAUGGAUAAUAUGAAGGUGUAGUCACUAGUCAUAGUUGGCAAUGGUUAGUGCAUGUUUAUUGUUUUCUAGUUUCUCUGUAUGUAACACCUUCUUUUGUACAUUUAAAUUAUGGAAUUGUUUGUAUAAGAUGUCGUUUACAGGUAUGAAGAUCAUUUCAACUAAUGUACGAACAUUAUUAUAUAAUUUAUAAAAUACUCCUUGUAAGUUGUAAGAACA